AUGGCUGAUAUACCGGCUGAUCGAUUAGAUUUAAAAAACACUAGUAAAUCAACAUCUAAACCAAAAUACGAAAGAUUUGAUAUUGAUGAUUCUACCGAAGUGAUAGUAAAGAACGGCAAAAAACUAGACACUGUAUACAAAAGUCUUCUUGGUCUACUGGCGAUCGUAGUUGUGGCGACUGUUGUGAUUGUACCAACCGUUAUAUUUACACAGUCGAAACCAAAACACCUCUCUGUUUCUAGGCCAACUAGUUUAUCAAACAUAACUUCAACGAUCACUGCCUCUAUGAUAGUCUUAGGUUCAACAACGGUGGAUAUUUCAGUUGAGAAUGAAUCAACUACUGAUGUCUCUUGGACAACUACAGAAACAACGACGACUGAUGGUUUCACAUCGAAAGAAAUGACAACAACUUCUGGCUUUACAAUAAAUGAAAUAACAUCGACUAAUAGUUUCACAACGGAAGAAGUGGCAACGGAUGAAAUAACAACACCUGAUGAGUUUACGACGACAGAAGCAAUAACUAAUUUUCCUACGACAGACAGUACCAGCAUAGAUUCGAUGACUACGACAGCUCUAUGCCCAUUAGAUCAUGUGCCAACACCAUCUGGAACAUGUGUCAAUACAGAAAUGGACUUCAACAAUUGUGGUUUUGUCGGUUUUGUUUGUUCUUCAAAUUAUACAAUGUGCUUGGGUGGGUUGUGUAAUAUUGAGCCUGCCGUUCAACUUUUGGGUGCUCCUGCUGUAACUAGUUGGCUCAUUGAUAAUACUGAUGACCAAUUUGUGUCACUGAACAUGCCAUUCAAAAUAACACUCUACAAUUAUUCGACUCCAAUGGUCAAUCUGACAUCAAAUGGAAUCAUCUGUCUCGGUGUUUGCUCUGCUAAAUAUACAAAUGAGCAGCUUCCAUCUUCAGAUUUCAAUAGCCCAACAGCUUUCGGUUUCUGGGAUGAUCUUAAGAUCUACCAAAGCUAUAAUCAUGCUGUUUACUAUGCUGAACGUGGCGUGGCACCGUAUCGAAGAAUGAUAUUCGAAUUUUACGAAGGCCAUUACAGUGAGAACUCUCGAUACUAUCGUUUUCAAAUAAUUUUCUACGAGAAUGUACCAAACAUCGUUAGAUACGUGUAUUUUCACAUAUCCGAUGGAGGUGCCUCAGCUACGAUUGGUGUUCAAAAAUCUGCUAUGGGGCCGUACACAACCUAUUCGAUGAACACACCAAAUGCAGUUAAAAAUGGUACAUCGCUGAUAUUCGAUACAAUUGGUGGAACUUUUAGUGGUUGA